UAUACCCCAACUGGCCUGAAUAUAGUCUUUUGGCAAAGACUGCGUGAUCCUGGACUGGCCUCACAGAGUGUGCGAUUUAGGAAAAGGGACGAGCUGGUAAAAAAAAAAAAUACCCCAGAAAACAUAGGCAACAUGGCUGUGGCUGGCUGCACGAAAUGCAUAAAAUAUAUGUUAUUCUUCUUUAAUUUCAUUUUCUGGCUGGCCGGAGGAGUGAUCCUGGGAGUGGCCCUGUGGCUCCGCCAUGACAGUCAAACUGCCAACCUCCUCAUACUGCAGUUUGAAGGCCAUCAAGCACCAGGCACUUUCUAUAUCAGUGUGUACAUACUGAUCGCUGUAGGAGCUGUGAUGAUGCUUGUUGGCUUCCUGGGAUGUUACGGUGCCAUUCAGGAAUCUCAGUGUCUGCUGGGGACAUUUUUCUUCUUUUUGGUGAUCCUCUUUGCCUGUGAAGUGGCUGCAGCAAUCUGGGGUUUCAUGAACAGGGACACAAUCUCCAAAGAACUGAUCAACUUCUAUGACUCUGCAUACAUCAAGGCUGUGGACGUCUCUGGGUCUCCCAGUAAAGACGCUGCUGUCAAGGUCCUGGAUGUUUUCCACAGUACGCUCGACUGCUGUGGUAAAGGAGAUGACACAGCACUCUUCAAACAAGUUGCCACGGCGUUGUGUCCAAGAAAGUCUGCAGAAGAUUUUCUGAAAUCUCAGAGCUGUCACGAUAAACUGAUCGAGCUGUUUUCAGAGAAGCUUCACCUGAUUGGUCUGGCUGCCUUGGUGGUUGCUGUCAUCAUGAUCUUUGAGAUGAUCUUCACCAUGGUGCUCUGCUGUGGGAUCCGUAACAGCCCUGGAGUGUACUAGGAGUCCAGCCAACAAGCAGCAACAGUACACAUCCAAAAUCUAAUGGAAUUAGUUUACCAUGUGCCAGCUCUUUUUUCCUUUUGAUUAUAACACAUGUCUUGAUAGAUAUCUCUCCUUUUUGUUUUAGAUUAGAAAUAAUAAAUUGUUGUGUUUUUUUUUUGUUAUCACUUAAUCUAUCAUCGCUCUGUUUUCUUACACAGAAAUGUCGCGUCUGUUUGUCAGAGUCUUUAUUUAUCAUACAAACCUUCAGGAAUCUUCGAUAUUUACAGUAUGUGCGUGUGAAAUGUUUUCUCUCAUUGAACUUAAAGCUGUUGGAUGUAUAAAUUGUAUAAAUAUAUAAAUAUGUACUACAUUUGUACUGUUCAAUAUCUCCCGAUUGUGUGUGUGUGUGUGUAUCACAGUAUAAUUUAAGCAGCAGGGUUUUGUGAUCUAAGGUUCUGUCUUACUUUGUACUCAAACAUCGCGUAUUGUUUUGUGCUUCAUUAACAUGUGAAAUAGCCCUUUAAUUGUGACAGUGCUACAUUUAAUCACUUAUCCUGUUUUUAUAUAUAAAUAUAUAUAUAUAUAUAUAUAUAUACAUAUGUAUUAAUGCUAAGAAAUGAUCAUGAUGUCACUUUGCUUGUACUGCUACAACCUUCUCUUCAUUUGUGAUACUUUAAGAGGAAGAAAACGGUGUCGUGUCUUCACGUUUUCAAAACAAAAUUGUGACUUUAUAUAUUCAUUACUUUUAGAGGCUUCUUUAUUUUCCAAAGUAAGAAGUAAAUAAAAAGAUACAGAAAAUAAACAUUUUGUGUAUCAGAA